GGCAAACAUGAAUCAAUUACGAGUAAUGAUUGAGUCCAUUAUUUGUUGCUCAAAACAUCUGUGUUAUGCAUUUCUUGUACUCCUGUGGAGGAGAGUCUACAUACGGGUUCUAGCAACUAAUCUAUGUGAGACGUGGCCUUUGUUGGCGCAUCUAGUACUUUGUAGCUCCAUUUGGCAUCGAAAAAUGUAAAUCGGCCCUCUCAACACAAGAGCGUCUUGUCGUAAAGCGGUGGGCUUCAGUGUCUAUAUACUCAUCUCUCUGACUAGUCAGGAAGAUUAAAUCCAAGGAUGUGGUGUCGUUCUUGAAGUCUUCCAUUUCAGCUCUGUUCAGAAUUGGAGGGUCGGCUCUCCAAAAGUGACAAGUCACAGAGAAAAAGUUCAACGUUUUCUCGUGGAAUAAGGGUGCGACAUAAUCUAUGGUUUCAAUUUGCACGGCACGUCAUAAGUAGGUCACUUUGAAGCAGGUAUCAAACGUUUUGUGAAAUAACCUUAAGAAUUUUUCGACGAAGAAGCGGACAAGAGUAAACGACGAGUAGAACACACUUCAGCGACAAAUAACAUGGAAAAUGAACUGAAUGGAUCUGCUGCUAACCCAAAUGCAACGGAGUCUUAUUCAGAGUCUUAUUUCGAGGCUUAUUUGGAGCCUCUACCGCUCAAGAUAUUUCGCUUUGUAAUCUACGCUGUAAUCAUCGUGUUUGCAUUGGUGGGUAAUGUAGCCGUGUGUAUUAUUUCAAGUCGCACUCGUCGCCUUCAGACAAGCACGUAUUGUUUAGUUAUGAACUUAGCCAUUUCUGACAUCGGAUCUGUGCUUUGCCUCCCGUUCUUGUUACCUGAACUCUUUGUUGGAAACUGGCUGAUGGGGGAAGCCAUGUGCAAACUACUCAAACCCAGCGUUGUGGUGUUUAACUUUGUAACAACGAACACGUUGGUGGCCAUAGCAUGUGAUCGUUUUCGCGCCGUGGUAUUCCCGUUCGUCAUGCGACCGUCAAAGUCAGAAACACGCUUAAUCAUCGCAAUACUUUGGCUCGUCGCUUUUCUUUUUUCUUUGCCUUCGUAUGGUGCUAUGACUGUCAUGGAUUUUCCAGAAAGCCCUGGCUUCUACUACUGUUUGGAUGUUUUCUCAUACGACUUGGAAAAAGACACUUUCUACCGUCGCAUUUACACAAUAACAAUGUACGCCGUGAAUGCUCUUCUUCCAGUACUCGCCAUCUCGGGGCUGUAUCUUAAAAUCACAGCAACUUUAAAACAUUUUCGCCUCAUACCAGAGGCACUGAGGCCCAAUCGUUCAUGCUCACUCAACACCUCUCCCAAUUCGAGUCCGCGCUCUUCAGUGGUAAAUACCAACAAGCUGAACAUGAAUCCCGCAGGCGCAGUAAGGAGGCAGAUGAUGGAGAGGAAAUUUCUCAAGAUGUUAAUGACUGUGCUGCUUGUUUACGUACUGUGUUACCUUCCUUUCCAAACUUUGUACCUCGUUUACGAGUUUAAUCCAGAUCUGGCAUAUCUAAGCUACUUACAGCCACUUUCAGAGUAUUUAUACUUGAUUGUGUGGCUUCCGAACGCUCUGAAUCCAGUUUGCUACGGUUGUUUAAACCAACAAUACAAGAGAGCGUUUAAAGCGUUGAUAUCUAAACCUCGAAAAUAUUUGCAGUCAUUCAGAUCGCGGCGGACUUUUUCAACAAGAACUAAUACCUUGGCUGGAGUGAAAAUUCGGUGAACUACUGCAGCUAAGCGGGGAGGGGGGGGGGGUUAGAAAGAAAGACGAGAUAUUUAUUUUAAAAAUAUGAAAAUAUAACUCCGUACAUUAUCUGCAUUUCCUUUGGGUGUGCUUCUUCAUAUUAAAACACGCAACGUUCUUAAGUUACCCGGCGUCUAAUGCUUAUGGCUAUCGUAACGGUGGCAACGACUUAAGACUGGCUGUCAAAUCAAGCGACACCACGGUACUCGAAAAAACCAACGCUUGUACUUAUCCAGUUUCAUAGUUCAUAAUAAGAGAAAGGCAGCAAAAAGGAAUAUGAUAUGUAUAGUUUUGAUCUGUAUUUAUGAACGAUAGAAUGCUGCAAUAAUUCGAUUAUUUAUAAAUAUUAUGGUAUGAUGAAAAAAGACAUAUUGUACAAUGAAAAUACACCUUACGUGCAUACAUGUACAUAAAGAUUUACUUCAUAGUAUAGCAUUGUGAUAACGAUUAAAGCAAUGCGUUUGCUUUUUGUCUCUAAAAUGAAAAUAAAGCAAUUUAAAG